UUUACUUGGUUAAGGAAUGAUCUGUAAAGAUCUAUAUUGACACAUUUUCAAUCAUGGUUGUUGAAAUUUCUUCAGGGUUACCGUGCCAAAUGCCUGAUCUGUUGUGCAAACUGAACUGUUAUUUCUUCAGUGGCUCUCUCUUGUUAGAACCUACACCAGAGUUUCUCUAGGUUAGAGAUUAUGGUGUUUUUGCGACUUGCUACUUUGCAAACUGUUAAUGAUGAAAUCUGGAGUCUGGACUCCUUAUGACUUUGUGAACUUCAACAUUUUGAGAACAUGCUUUUCCCAUUGACAAGAGCACUGCGGCUUCACUAGCAUAAACCAUGGCUGCAGUCCUUUCAAUUUUUCUUGAAACGUACAGAUCCUGGUGCCAUAGAUUAUGUGUACACACAUUUUGCAGUAGUGAGGAAAGCAUUGAAUUUUACUUGGAAUUAACCAACAGAUCAACUCUUCCACCAAUUCUUAGGCUUUUGUGGUUUUAUGGUAGAUUAUCUCAUUCAAUUGCCAACAAACAUAUUUUAUACCUUGUUUGAAUAAAUUCUCUGUACAACUUUGAGUUUGAUGAUGUAAUAAUGGACAUGCAAUCAUCAACUGGAGUGAAGAGAAGAAAUUGACAAUGAGAUCCCUGUGCAAGUGAUUGCUCGUAAACCGGUCUCAAUAGCUUCAAUGUGGUUAUGAUAGAAUUAUAACUUUGUAUGUUUUCCCCUUUAAAAGGCAUUCCAAUAUUUUCAUCUUGCUUUGUCGAUGUAAUUGAUGGAAAUGAGUAAAAAGGCCAACCAUCAGCAUCUAGGAAUCAAUGAUAUUGAACAGAUUGAGAUGCUUUGUUUCAGGGAUUUAUCAAACAAUGGCUUAAUCAGUGAAGUGCAAAGCUUCUGUCUCAGCUAGUCUUAUUGAAGAAAAUGUAAGUGCCAAGUGUAUUUUGAAGGGUUCAUUUCUUCUUUCCCCAAUUUCUUUUAUUUGGUUAUACUUAUACAUAUAAUGGACUUUCCCAAUUUCUUUUAUUUGGUUAUACUUGUACAUAUAAUCGACUCUUAGUGAAAGAAGGGAUUAUGAUGACAGACACUGAAGGCACAAAUUGGAUAAAAUGAGCUCUCUUUUGUUCUUAUUCACUUGUGCUUUGUCCUCUUACUUUUUAAUACAUGUGUUCUUAAUAGAUUACUUAUGAAUUGAUAACUUGGGGUUUGCAGUCAAAGUUUAGCUUCUUAGUAAUUCUAUUUUAGUGGGAGCUUCUGAUGUACUCCUUGUCUUCUUACUCUGCUAAUAUCUAGGAGGUGAUGGGGAAUGCAAUGAAAACAGAAUGAUUGGAGCUGGAAUUCAGUAUAUUUCAGUGUUUAUUAAAGCUGGAAAACGUUUACAAGAAUGCAUGUAGCAGUUCAUUUUUUUCGUUUUGAUUCAUGUCUUGAAGCAGAUGCGAACAAGAUUAUAUGCUUCACUUUCUAAAAUGCAAGGAGUAGUUAGAGAUAGAGAAUGUGAAUGAGAAAAAAAGACAUACAUCAAAAGAAAAGGUAGCGAUUAUGAAGCACAAAUUAAACUGUGUUGAUUUGCAUUUCAUUUAUUUUGAUUUGAUUCGUUUCUAAAGAAUAAGAUGAACCUUUGUUUCUUCAGUGCCUCUGUUCUUUACCUUGGAAAGCUAUGGCAGAAAUCCACUAAGGCUCAUAAAGUGUCUUCAAGUGGACGCUGUAAUAUGUUUCAUUGUCUGAACCUGUGCCUGUUUCAUUCUCAUUUGUUCUCCAUUUUCUUGUUGUAUUACUUGUUUUCCCUUUGCUCUUGCUGUUAUUGUGAUUGUUUGAAGAUGAUUUUGUAACACUCUCUUGAUAUAUAGUAGAGCUAUUUUUUAUGGACUAAUAGUCCCGUAGUUUUUACUCUUCUAUUUGAAGUCUCUUAUAGAGAUCAACGUCGUGUUCUCACCGGAGAGAAUUGCGAGGAUGAGGCCGUCCAAUGCGAGAAGUGAGGACUGAGAUUUUGCUUUUCGACUAUUGGAUGCCUGAGGUGGGUUUUAAGGCCCAGUAUUUGUUAGGCUUGAAUUUUUUUGGAACAAAGGGCCUGAUUAGGC